AUGGUGCUCGAUUAUCAUUCUAUCUUCAGAAAGCUGGGUUCGAAACGGCUGCCUUCCGAAGAGUACUCCUUCGAGGCGUAUCCAGGCCAAAGGGAUACCCCGUCAGUAACCCAAUUCACUGCUCGAUACCGCCCCUUAGGCAGUGCGGGAGAUAGCGAUUGGCAAGUAUUUUCCCACUCUCGACUACCUGUCUUCGCCGAGAACAAGCAUCCGACUAAAGACGCUUCUUCGGAGCUUGAUGAACGGCCAGAUGGUCCGCAUCCAGAUGAGCUUCUCUCGAACUAUAGAGAUUUCAUUGAGAAAGUCCACGAAUCCAUACACAUCCACAGAAGCAACAUCGAAGCCCUCAAUGAAUGGAGGGAUGUGGGAGACGAUAGCGAAGGUCAGCAGGAAUUGAUUCAUCAGACUCUCCAGACUCAGCGGGCCGAAGUUUUCCUCAAUAAGAUUGCCGACUCGCUGUGUCCAGAAAUACACCAGAAAAUAAAACAUGCAAACAAGCUUCAGGUUGACCGAUAUGAAGCUCUGCUAUCGAAAAUUAGGACUGAAGCUCGGGGUAUCGGCAGCUUCCACAAAGAAACAGACUUGCAGAUUAUGGAAGAUCAGCUUUCUUGUAUGUCUCGAAGAGCGACUCUGCGAGAGAUGAAUACACAGAGGGACGUGAUUGCUCUGAUCGGCGAUUUCAGUAUAGCGAUCAGUCCGGAUACCGACAGAACAGAGAUACAAACUAAUCGUCGGAAUAGAAUCAAGUCGCAACGAAAGGGAAUCCAGACUGCCAGUAAGGUAUUGGAAGGCCAGGACAGGAACUUGGGUAAGUUGUUCAGACAACGGUAUGGCUCUGUAGAAGAGAUACCGUCUUCCGGUCAGGGCUGGAUUUCACUGUGGGCGUCAAUUCGUUUCAAGCCCGGUACAAGCCGAAUAAAGUACAAGCUUGUUGCUUCGGAUGGCGAUACAACAUCUCCAACAUACCGAGUACGACCGGAAUAUAUUGUCGAUCCUGAAGAUCCACAGGAAGAAUGGAAACCUAUCUUAGAUUCCGCCGUACCUCUCUUCAGUGGAUAUGAAUCCCAUCACCAAGAUGAGACAUUGUCAGCAUGUGAUAGCAAUCUGUCUAGAGUUUUCGAUGGGACGGGUAUCUCAACGGGGAAUUUUGUCAACAACGUUCGAAGUUUGCUUUCGCUGAUGAAAGCAUCUAAAGCGAAGUUGGACAAUUUGAGCGACGAUACCAAUGCCUGGCAGCACGAGGGUGGAGACCUAGAGAAGGCUGCCCAUCUGAAGAGGAUGAAUAACGCAAUGAAGAUCAUGCAAGAGACUUUACCUACUAUUUUACAUGACGAUUGGAACACCAUACUACACUCUCAGACCCAGUCUCUAAACUCCGAGCUAACAGAUCGAGUCAUUGCGGGUAUGACUGCCAAUGAGUCGCAAGUCUUGAACAAAUGGAAAUUCUGGAUGACGAAUCGGGUUAACGCCAGUACAGCUGAUGCUCUCACCGGUCUGUAUGACAUCUUAGCUACUCUGACCAAAGAGGAUAGCCAUGAAGAAUAUGUAGAAUAUUCUCAAGCCAAAGACAAUGCACUCAAGCUCAAGACAAAGCAUGAGGAAGAAACAAGGUCGUCAUCAGUCGAAUUUGCCCACGCGUUGUCGGAUGCGGGGAGCUGCCUAUCCACGCUUGAAGAAUGGAAUGAGCUAUUGUUGAACAGGAGAUCUUAG